AUGACUGAGCCCGACUUUGAACUGUUCACUUCUCUUCGCUAUGACCCCAAGCUGUCAGGGGUCCCUGGCGCCGCAACCGAGGGCUUGGACCGGGGAUGGAAUGCCUCCAAGCCAUCACCUCUAUACAUGUUGGACUACCACCGCGACCGCAUGCUAAGAGCGGCCACCCACUUUGGAUGGACAGAUGCCAUGGCAGCAAUUGACGGCGAUGCAGGCCUUGCUCGCCUCGAAGCUUUCAUCCUUGGCUUGCCUGAAGUGGGCGAACGGCCACUCCGAGUCAAGGUGACUCUCUCCAAAGCCGGUCAGUUCGGGCAUGAGGCCGGGCCGGUUCCAGAGCAGUUCCUGCCCAACUUGUUCCCGCAGUCGCUACCGCCCCCAGAUCAGGGAGCGCAGGAUGGCGGCGUGGUCAAAUCCCCGACCUAUAGUAUCGUCGUGGAUCUGGACCAGACUCCUCCGUCCGAGUACACCCACUAUAAGACGACAAGGCGUGAGAUGUACAAUUCUGCCAGACAGAGGAUGGGCAUUGGGGCUACAGACACGGCCGAGGUUCUUCUUGUCAAUACCAGCGACGGCAGCAUUAUGGAGGGUAGCUUGGUGACACCGUACUUUUGGAGAAACGGUCGAUGGGUCACCCCUCCCGUGCCGGCUCGGUUUAGUCUAGAUGCAAAGAUUGGUGGUCAAGAUGGCACUACAAGGAGGUGGGCUCUUGAGAGAGGGCUAUGCGUCGAAGAAGCUGUGAAAGCCUCGUCUCUGGUCGAGGGGGAAGAAUGUUGGAUAAGUAAUGGUGUUCGCGGCUUCAACUUUGGAAAGGUGACACUGGCCAAGUGA